UGGUGCUCUUGAGACCCGGUCAUUAUGAAAGCGAGCGGAUGGGCCGCGGCUGCUGUCCUGUACAGUAGAGCAGUGAAAGCGGGAUUGUGGGAUCACAUUCAGCAGUAGCAACGCCGAGAGAGAAAAAAAACAUGGCGGCUGCCGAAUGUGCAGCAAAGGAUUUGCGGAAGUGAGGUGCCCACAUUCUGCUGCUGAGGAGAGAGCACCAUGAUGAGGAGACAGUAGGCACCCACCAUAGUAUGGCCGCGUCCCGCUCUUCGCGCGUCACAAGAUCAUCAGUGGGGAUAAAUGGAUUGGAUGAGAACUUUUGUGGUCGAACCCUCAGGAACCGCAGCAUCGCCCAGCCAGAAGAAAGCUCUCCACCUCCUGCGUCCAGAGCCCGCUCACCCAAGAAGAAGCAGGACUGUCAGCAGCACCAGCAGGCUGGAGCACAGGUUGGAAAGGUAGCCGAGAGCAAGGCGGAGGGUGAGCUCUUGCCCGCCUAUGGAAAACGAGGCUUACCCAGCUCCGAGCAAGACGAGUCAGAGAAAUCGGACAACUGCGAGCGACCAAGGGUUGGGGGUGGGCCAGAAGCCUCCCCCGCCCUGAAGAGGGCCAAACGCUGCUCUCGCUCAGGUGAAUUGCAGGGGGUAGAGGAAGAACCUCCUCUCAAACCAGACAGCCCUGAUCCUGCUGCACCGAAAAAAAAUGACGAGGACCUCAAAUCAAACCCGCCCUCAAUCCCUCCGCUCAGCAUCGACAAAGAGGCAGAGCAGAAAGAGGAUGGCUUGGCAGAGAAGAACGUUUCUCCCCUGCAGGUCAGAGAAAAUGUCAAGGCCACCAAUGGCCUUUCAGAUCUUGAUAAGGAGGACUCUGAAGUUGCAGCAUUACCUGCAGAGCCCUGUGCCUCCCCUGCCAUGGUUAACAACAGUUCCUCACUUUUAAAUGGCAGUCAGGCAGUGCCCUCAUCCCCAGACCCUAUUGUGCCUUGUAGAUCCCCUCAUCCUAAGCAAGCCAAUGAGUCCGACAGCCCACAGAUUGACUGUGAGAGGAAUUGCACUGCAGAGGAAGCCGCAGAGGCUGUGCUGUCCCGGGAACCAGAGAUGGAGGUGGAAGUGGAGGUGGAUGUCGUGGGGGACUCCGGCCAGGCCCAGGAUGAACUGGCAAGGGACGAGAGCACCAACGGCAGCUUUGUAACCGAGCUGCAGGACCCUUCUGAUGACUGCUCGAAUAUCUCAGGAGAAACCGUGGCACUGGCUUCCUCCCAGCUGCCCGCGGAGCCCCCCUCCUUCACAGAGCCCCAAGAACACAGAUACACCCUGAGGACUUCACCGCGUCGCGCUGCCUGUGGUAGUGGGCCCAAAGCCAGCUCCCCCAUACCCAGUUCCCCACACAUAGACAAUAGUUCAUUGAAGGAGGAGGCCACACUUGUUCAUGUCUCUUCAGAGGACGCCAGCCAUAAAGACCCUAUCCAUGAAUCACUGGGGCUUUCUAGUGAGGCAGACAGUGAAUUCUCAGAUAAAGCAGGGGUCAGUGAAGAGGUAGAGGUUUCACAUAGUAGAUCGUCCAGGUCCACCAAAGAGCUUUUGGCCACUCAGGCUGAGGAGGAUGAGGAGGAAGAGGAGGAUCCAGAUGUCUACUAUUUUGAGUCUGAUCACUUGGCUCUUAAACACAACAAAGAUUAUCGGAGGUUGCUCCAGACCAUCAGUGUACUGGAGGCCCAGCGUACCCAAGCCAUCAUGGACCUGGAGACGUUGGCACGGCGUCAGAAAGAGGCCCUGACCGACCCCAUCACAUUUGUGGACCAGCUACAGAAACAGGUGGAGAUGGGAUUGCCCCGCCCCCAGAGAGUGGUCAAGCUCCCGGACAUUGCAUGGGACCAAUACACCUCAGGUCGUGGCGACUUUGAAAGAGAGAUCUGCGACAAGAAGCGCAAAACACGGCAGUUGAAGUUAAUCUUUGACAAAGUGGGGUUGCCUGCUCGACCAAAAAGUCCUGUGGACUCCAAGAAGGAAGGUGACUCUUCAUCUGUGUACUCGUCUACCCUACCGUCAAGUGACAGUCCUGAACAAAGCAUGACCAGUAGCACAACUCAGAUGAUCAGAGGGCGACUGUGCAACCAGAGUAAACCUGACAGCUUCAAUCAGCUAUGGACCGUUGAGGAGCAGAAAAAGCUGGAGCAACUGCUUUUGAAGUUCCCACCGGAGGAGGUCGAGACUAAACGCUGGCAGAAGAUUGCAGAUGAACUUGGCAACAGGACAGCCAAACAGGUUGCAAGCAGGGUACAGAAAUACUUCAUCAAACUGACAAAAGCUGGUAUUCCAGUACCAGGCAGAACGCCCAAUGUAUGCAUGUACAGCAAAAAGGCCUCCAGUAAGCGGCAGCACCACCUCAAUAAACACUUGUACAGGCCCUCAACUUUCCUCACCUCAUAUGAGCCACACGUCUACAUGGAUGAAGAGGAUGAACGUUCUCACUUCUUCAACAGCCUACAAGAUUACUGUGCAGAUGAUUCGGAUGAAGACGGUGUACCGGAGGAGCUGCGAUAUCUGCCAGAGUACAAGGAGCUACUGGAGCUGAAGAAACUUAAGAAACAGAAACUACAGGAGAUCCAGGCUGAGAGCGCUCUCACACAGCACAUCGGAUAUAAGUGUGACAUGUGUGGCAUGGAGCCCAUACAGGGUAUUCGGUGGCACUGCCAGGACUGCCCGCAGGACAACGCUGUGGACUUCUGCAGUACCUGCUCUGACUGUCUAUUUAAAACAGAGACCCACAAGCCCACACACAGGCUGGAGCCAGUCUACCAGGCUGAAACCUUUCUGGACAAAGACUACUGCUUACAGCAGAGUACAGGCUACAACUACCUGGACCCCAACUACUUCCCUGCCAACAGAUGACAGGGACGAUCUAAUAUCCAGGGCUGGGCUGCAGCCCCCAGGGCAUUCUGUGCAUGGCUCCAUCAUCAAAGUCAAAGAAAUGCUUGCAUCUGGGCGAGAGGGUACCACAGAUGGGCCGCACCUUGCCCCGACCCACUGCUG